CAAUUCCAAGUGACUUGUCAACUGAGAUAUCAAAUCAUAAUAAAUAGGUAAGUAACUAUACUUUGACCAAUUUUCAAAAACCCUUUAAACAGAACAUCAAACGAAUGAGGUAAAGGAAAGUGGAAAAUGUCCUUUUCAUAAUGAAUUAUGGUUGCUCAUUGAGCUUUCAGCGGUACGUCUGCUCGUCUGUCGCCGCCACACUUCGUAGAACUUCGUAGCGGAUACAUAGCUACGGCACGUGCAACGCUAUAUGCGGUCGUCUUACUCUAACUCGUAGUUGAACCAAUGCUCCGAAUGAGUAAACAGGCGUUGCUCACCUCACCCUCACUUGUAUAUUUUCAUUCGAAUCCCGGUCGAGGCUUGAUAUUUUCCCGUAGGCCCGAACCUUCAGUCCUCUGAAAGCCGCGGUGGGACUUCCACAUUGCCCACGUACUUUGGAACCGGUACAACAGUUUCAUGUGGAAUGAUUAAGUAACCAUUGCGAUGCGUCGCCAAACUGAGUGAUGCUCACGAUACUGCGUGCAUUGUUGUGUUUCAAGUGCUGAUUAAUUUAUAAAAUUGUUGGAGAGGUUUCAAGAGGACAAUUGAGAGCCGAGAAACGAGGUCGUAUUAACGUCCUUGCGACUAAGCAUUAACAAAUUUAGGCGCCAUUCAGGCAUGAUUUGAACAAUCAAGGAAGGCGCGUUCGCGCGCGAAUGGUGGGCAGUGAUGGGGGGGCCGCGGCGCAUGUCCAGUGCGCUGCUGCUGCCCUUCGCGCUGCUCUCGUUACCUCCCACGGAAGCCGCCAACACCACCAGCUACCGGGAAGAAGUCGAGUCAUCCCUCCGAUUGGUGCACGCAGUGGCCACCGGUGCAACAGGGGCGCUGUGCGUCACGCAUCGGUAUGGGCGGCUGCGAGCUCCUCUACACGCAGCACGCUGGGACACGGCCAGAGCCAGAGCAGAUCUCGCUGCUAACCUCCUCCAUCAGCUCGGGCUGGAAACUGCGGAGGUUCUGAUGGCAGUAUCCCAAGGCCUGGUAUUAGGGGCCAGCCCUACAGAACGAGCAGUAGGAUCAAGAGCAAUGGCCCUAAGAUCAGACGGCGUCGUAAAUAGUGCCGUAGCUUGGGAAAGAUACGGAACCGCAGAUCCUGUGGCUGUUGUAUCUCCGCAGCUGGAAAAACCACCAGACCCUGAAUAUCCAUGGUACGAAUCAGCGCGUGAGAUAGAAACGCUACGUUCUCCAAAGUUCAUGCCGUCACCACCAGGAGCCACUAUGGAAGGCUGGUGGACGUACCCAUACUACAGCUGCGAAGCAAAAAGAUGGCUUCUAUCUUACACAGUACCUGUUUCUACUAUCCGUGGACUAAAAGGUAUAGUCUCGCUCGACAUUGACAUAUCUAGCUUGGAAAUAAACCAGUGCGAGGCUGAUACUGAGGACGAAAAUGACAACCAAAUUUAUUCGUUUCACGGAACACACAAAUGCCCUAACGAAACUACUUACUGUGAAUACAAGCCCAACAGAGAGAUGAGCGUUCGACACGCGGGAUGGGCGCGGGGAUCAUAUAUCUGUCGAUGUCGUCCCGGCUACUAUUCAAUACAUCAUCCUGAAGGAUACAAUGGAUCUCUCGUUGAAGUGGCAUACCAAGAAUACGAGGAAAACGAUCUGGAAAACUGGAGCGAACCGUACGAGUGCUUGAAAUGUCAGCCAGGCUGCGAAUCAUGUCGGGGUCCAGAGCCUUGCCUCGCCACUUACAACUGGCCAUUCCGGAUAUCUUUGCUGGUAAUAUCGGUGACCUGUGCAGGACUGACAGUAUGUUUAACCAUCUACACCAGACACCAUCGCAGGGUCAAGGUGUUCCGUGUUGCCAGCCCUGUAUUCCUCUCUAUAACUCUUCUUGGUUGUGCUAUUAUGUAUAUGGAAAUGGCAGCCAUAUUCCCGGUGCUAGAUAGAUACUCAUGCAUUGCUACGAAGUGGACUCGGCACAUGGGAUUCUGUAUUACAUAUACUGCACUUUUGAUGAAAACAUGGAGAGUAUCCCUGACUUACCGUGUGAAAUCUGCCCAUAAACUAAAACUGACUGACAAGCAGUUGCUGCAGUGGAUGGCUCCUAUACUGCUCAUCAUGCUUGUAUACCUUGGGACUUGGACACUGUCAGCACCACCAGAUGCUGAAGUAAUUACAGACAACAAAGGACUAAAGUUUAAACAGUGCACAUAUAACUGGUGGGAUCAUAGUUUAGCUAUAGGUGAAAUCCUUUUCUUACUUUGGGGAGUGCGCGUUUGUUACCGCGUUCGACACGCAGAGAGCCUUUACAAUGAAGCAAGGCUCAUCUCCAUAGCUAUCUACAAUAUUUUCACUGUCAACUCCCUAAUGAUAGCGUUCCACUUACUUAUACUGCCUCGAGCCGGACCGGAUAUAAAAUACCUCCUUGGAUUUAUAAGAACACAAUUAUCUACAUCAACUACUGUCCUUUUAGUAUUUUUACCUAAGGUGCUGCGCGUGGUCCGCGGCACGGGCGACACGUGGGACAGCCGCGCGCGCGCCCGCGGCGUGCCGGCCUCCUCCUCACUCAACGGCAUCGGCCUCGUGCCCGACGAGCCGCCGGACCUCUACCAGGAGAAUGAGGAACUCAAGGAGGAAGUUCAGAAGCUAGCUGCCCAGAUAGAGUUCAUGAAGAUAGUGCAGAUGGAAAUGCACAACCGCCACCUGCGGCCGCGGCCCGGAGGCUACUUCACUACCAACGCCAACAUGGCCGCGCCGCAGAGCCCCAUACACCCCAAGACUGUUAACAUUUCACAGUACGCAUUCCAGGACAGUACGGAGUGGAGCGGGCCGGUGUGACUGGUGGCGCUGAGCGAUAGCGGCUGGCUGUGGCCCGGGCCCGCCUGCCGCCGCAUUGUCACUGCCGUCGACGAGCGACCGCCCGCCUACGUCUGACACACAUCACUCGUUACUUCGAUACGUUGUAUUUGUUCAAAUAUUUGUAGCAAUAGAAAAUAUACCUAAUUUCACUAGUAAUAAAGUUCAUUUGCUAAUGUACUGACAGAAAACGUUGGGAUACUAAGCUUUAAUCGCAAGAUCUAUUCGCAUUUCUGUGGUGUAUGAAUAUGUGGACAAGGGAGGGCGUUGGCAAAGCACUCAAAUAUUAUCUAUUGUCUUUGUCUACCUUCCCCCUCGUCCCAUUUAUAAUAUUUGCACAUACCUAUUCAGGUUAUAGCAACAUGUAAAAGUGGUAACUCAAAUAUUUGAACAAUAACAUCAAGUGAAGUGCAUUAAGAAAUCACCUCAAACAGUGACCGGACGUUAAUUAUGUUGCAUGUUUAAGUGUUAAACAAACAUUUAAGUACUAUAUUAAUUAUAAUUAUCGUGUUAAUUUAUUAAUUUAUGUACACGAGUAUUCGAUUUUCACGAAAUUUUAAUUGUUAAUGUUGUUUAGAUAAGUACAGCAUGUAAAAUAUUUUUUGUUAUAUCUAGUAACUGCUCUAUGUAUUACAUUUAGAGAAGGCUAGUGUUCAAUAAUGAUUACUCUAAAAUACUCAUUACUCAGCUCAGGUAGUAUGUAAUAAUGUAUACCAAAGAAAUGUUUAGCAUCUUCAGUACAAACUCUGCCAUCAAGUAGUCAGAGUAAAUGUUAGUAUACUCAUACACAGCUGAAUAUAGGUACAGGUCUUGAAAACCUUAUAUCCAGCAAUAAAAAAAAAUCGAGAUGAAUCCCUACUAAUAUUAUAAAUGAGAAAGUAACUCUGUCUGUCUGUUACG